UGGAUACUAGUUUUAAAGUGUGUAGAGUAAGUUACUCUGUGGGCCGCCGAAUCGCAAAGGUCGUGUGAUGUGGUACAUAAUAGUCGCAUUGUUUCUAAUAUGGCUGCUCGAGCACUUCCGGCGGAAACAGGCGCAGCCGCCGCACCACACGUGCCAAAUGAGCGGUCGCCUAGCUGUCGAGGGCUGGUGGUGUGGUCGUGCGAUGCCGCACGCGCACGGGCGCGCCAACAAUGGUGCGCUCGCGCUCCACUACGCGGCGGCGCGCGGUUGUUUAGACUGCGUGCGUCUGCUGGCUAACACAACGCCUGAUGUCUCUGCCAACACGGCGAUGGACAAUGACGUCACACCAGUAUACUUAGCCGCACAAGAGGGACACUUGGCCGUGCUAAAGUACUUAGUACUAGAAGCGGGGGGUCGCCUGGACGCGCGCGCCAGAGAUGGGAUGCUGCCAAUUCACGCCGCUGCGCAGACUGGGUGCUUGGACUGCGUUAAAUGGAUGAUCGUGGAGCGAGGCGUAGAUCCCAACGCGCGCGACGGAGACGGCGCUACUCCCCUCCACUUCGCCGCUUCACGUGGACAUCUGACUACAGUCCGCUGGCUAUUGAGACACGGGGCUAGACUACAUCUGGACAGACAUGGGAAGAGCCCUAUUAAUGACGCGGCAGAAAACCAUCAUUUAGAUUGUCUCAACGUACUGGUAGCGGCAGGCGCGGCGGGCGCCGACAGCAAGCAGUUGUCUUCAUACAAAGCGGUCCACUCCUGCGCAUGUACCCCAGGAGACGCCCGAUGCGCUCUACCAAACUGCAUCAACGCCAAUGGAACCCGCUCGCCCUUCUAUCUUCACGCGCCAGAACGCGAGCGCAGGGGUUCCGUAGCUGAGCGCAGGGGUUCCUUACCCUCCACACCGAUUGGGUCCAUUAGCUCAAGCCGCUCCGGACCAGCUGAUGGGCUGUAUGUCAACCCGAUGCAGAGGGCGUCCACCACUGUCACACAUCAUAGCUCGUCGGGGGAGGAUAGCUCAGCCUGCUCCGCCUCGGAUGCCGACGCCAGCAACGCCAGCGGCUGGUACCUCCACAACGCCACCCCAACCCCCAACGCACCAGCAGCACUGUACCAGCGAGUCAGAGACCUGUUCCACACCCGCUCCCCUGGGCCGAGAGUGCCGGCUGAGGGGCAGGAAGCGCCUGUUAUGACUGUAAAAGCUGAGAUCCACGGAUCCGAAGCGACCACGGUUCCCGAGCAGUCAGAUAGCGACAGUGGAGCCGAGGCGAUCCGUCGCGACCACCACUAUGAAGACAUCUACAUGCCCAAAGAAGAGACACACCAAAGGAGGAGGAGCAGUUCCCGCGACUCCGGCAGCCACAGCAGGCCCGGCAGCGCGGCGCUCAUCGUCGACUACACCACCAAAGAAGGCAUCGACAGCAUAAGCAAGGCAUAUGAAGAGGUGUCUCCUGCGCCCGAGAGCCACGCCAAAUCCACCAUCGCCACCAAACUGGCUGCGCUCACGCAUAAAGCACAGAACUUCGCCAGCCGCCUCUCCUCAGCCGCCGGCAGUCGUCGCGCCUCCGUGACGGAGGAGACCACCAUCGUCCAAGCCUCCGCUUCCUCCGGCGUAUCUUCCGGCGGCAGCUCCGGCGACGAGGCGCCCCCGCCGCCGCCGCCGCCGCCGCCACCGGCCGUGUUGGAAGAACCGGCGUUGAAGCCCUCGGAAUUGCGUAGCAGGCUGGCUCGCCGCGGCUCGGCGUCCGCAGACGAGGAGCGGCCGCGCGGGCUCAAUCUCGUGAACAAGCAAGCCGUGCUUCCGUUCGUGCCGCCGGCCUUCCCCCACAACGCGCCUGACAGGCUGAUCAAGCCCUCGGAGUACUUGAGAACAAUCACGGCGCCGUGUAAGCGGGACGACGCGGCGGCGGAGCCGCGCCCGCCGCCGCCGCCAGCGCUGAGCGACAGCGCGCCCCCUCCGCCACCCCCGCAGCCUCCUAUGACCGCCGCCCAGCCCCUAGCAGCCAUCAGCAGCGCCGAGCUAUGCGCUGUCCGCUUACGCGCACCGGCUGCUAAAACGCUCUCCGCUCCGCCGCCCGCCCGCUCAGUCAGCCUACAAUGCUUACCGAGCGCAGCGGAGAACUACAAAAGCGCGAAAAUAGACCUGAUAGAGGAACUGAAAAUGUCGAAGGAUAUCACUGGGAUCAAGAAGAUGAAGGUUGAGCGGGCGCGGAGGGAGAGUCUUCAGGAUAAGGAGACGUUCACGGAGUUCACGAAGCGGUUCACGGCGGAGAACUUCGUCGAUCAGGUACCGGAACGGGACGCCGCAGGGAACGUGAUUCCGGCAUGGAAGCGGCAGAUGCUGGCACGGAGAGCGGCGGAGAAGGCGAGGAGAGACUUGGAGAGGGAGCUGGCGGGUGAAGCGGAGAGGAGGCGCGCGGCGGCGGUGCCGGCGUGGAAGCGGCAGCUGCUGGCUAGGAGGGAGGAAGCGGAGAAUAGGUUGAGGCAAACCCUCUACACCCCGAAAGUGGAAGAAACUAACGGGACGAACGGCGAAUGGCGUGCGUACCCCAACGGCACGCAGAGGGCCGUGUCCAUCGACAACAUUACGCUAUGCUACGACACCCCCUCGCAGCCCGUGCGGGCGCCGUCGGAGGCCAAACUCUCUACCGAGCAUUGUAAUGGCCUCACAAAUGGUAAACACGAAGAAGAAGACGCAGACGCAAAGAUCAUCCCGUGGCGAGCGCAGCUGCGCAAGACCAACAGCAAGCUGAAUCUGCUCGAAUAGCUUAGUUAGCUUGUAAGGUUCCCUAGCUGGACGACGCCCCAAUCUAGCCACUCAUAAACUCGAUAAUUCUUUGUUCACCCCAUAUUUUUAUGUGUAUUUGAUGGCACCUAUUGGCAUAAUCAUCAUUAGCCACAUCAUCUUUUACAGAUGAUUAUUGUAGCGUCGGGUAGGAUCAGAUUGAAUAUUGCCCAGGUGGAUCACGUUCUCACGUUUGCCUGCGAUGUCUGUAAAAAUUAUCGACCCCCUCGGCUAGGUCUUCCAGACGUUUCCACGGGCGAUAGUAAGGUCCCAAGGGCUGUAGUUUGAAGACAUUUGAGAUAUGAAACUAGAAUCUGUACUAAAGCUCGUGACAGCAAUUAUAAAAUAUUUUAAAAUGUCAAAAACUACAAUGAUGGGUGGUUCAAACUCCUGAGGAUGUCUCAUGAGCGGUUGGGCCUCAAAAUCUACGAGAAUGUCAAAAGAAUUGGCCUGUUCGGGACAUAUAAAGAUAUAUUCGUCAGUGGCAUCAUGCAAUUUGUGCAAGUGGUAAUUUUACAUAAUGAAUUACGAUCGAAUGACCCUUGAAUAAAAAUUAAGAAUAGGGAUAUAUAUAGGGUUGCCAUAUGGAAGAAUUAAAUGUCCUGAUAAGAAUCCUGACAUCACCCUAAAAAUCCGGACAUUUCUUGUAACAGAGAUCUGGCGUAGCUUGAACGACGCCUCUGCGGUGUACUGUAUCGUGGAUCUACCUUUCGCUUUCCCUCCGCCCGACCCUGUAUCGCAUUCGUUACGCUGUAUAUCACGUGAACAUUUUCUUUACAAGGUCAUUCCUAAAAAUCCGGACACUUGCCAAGUCCGGCCGCAAUCCGGACAAAGGGUCAAAAAUCCUGACAUGUCCGGACAAAUCCGGUAUAUACCUAUAAGAUGAUAGACAGAUUGGGGUGCCCUAAGGCGUAACGUAGUUCUACAACGGUGACUUUUAUCGCACGGUUAUCUAAAUAUCUAUCGAAUAGUAAUAGAGCUCUGAUAAAGGCAAACCUAGCCACACUUUAUUGUCGAUUUUUUACACCUGGGGCCUUUGUCAAAAGUUUGACUUGUAAUACAAGCCGAAGUCCCUUUCUAACAAAAGCUGUCAAAUGUGACAUCCGCUUGUAUUACACGUUACAAGCUUUUGAGAAACGGGCCCCUGCAGACAUCUGAGACAUCAGGGCACCUUUCUAACAAAAUCUGCCAAAAAAUGUCAUUCGCUUGUAUUACAAGUUACAAGCUUUUGAUAAACAGGGCAUUGAUGUUAAGUAUAUCAUAAAAUAAUUAUGAAGAUUUAAUAUAGAAAUUGUCUAAAAAUACAAUAUAAAAGAGAACAGCUUCUGAAUGUUUAGCUUGUCGAUGAAGAGCUUGGCUAGGUUUACUUUGUCCAGGCAUAGCUUAGGUGAAAUGCCAUAAAAGCAUUGUAUAGCCGACACGAAUACCUAAGCUGCUAGUUAGUUCGUACUUAAAUAAGUUAAGCAGCGGUCCAAAUAUAUCCAUUUCAAAAUUUAAUCCAAAUUCUUUCCAUGAAGAGUUUCGAUUAUUAAAAUAUCCUUUGUCGAUACUGAUUGUGCAUUGACAUAGAUAUCUAGGGACUGGCCCUACGGACAAUAAUAAUGAGGCAUGACAGGGGCCAGUACAGCGGUGUGACAUCGGUACAACACGAUUGGUUGAUGAGUUCGCAUCACGCGCGCGAUUGGUUGAUGAGUUCGCAUCACGCGCGCGAUUGGUCGCAACUAGUUGCGUUAGACUGCACGAUUGGCUGGAAUUCGUGAGUCACACCGCUAAACUAGUACCAUUUUUAGUGCCCGUAAGGCCAGUCCAUAGAUAUAUACGUUAAUGUGAUUGUGUAUUUCAAAAGUUUUCGUAAUUACAAACAUUUUCGUCCAUAGAAAAAUAUUUGUAAGUUAUCAUAGUUUAUCUAUUUAAUAAAUGCGAUGUAAAUAAAUUCUUAUACUUUCUAAUUAUACACUUUUAUACUUUUACUAAUUUUUUAAUAGUUAAUAUUACUGGAAAUAUAAUUUCUAUGUAUGUAUGUAUAAAUGAGAUAUUGAAGAUACAUGUUUAAAAAAAUACUAUUUUAAUCAGUCUUUAAAUUAAAAAUAUUUGUAGACCAAAACAAUAUGAAAUUAUCGGCUUUAAAUGUUAAGUGGAACCUUGGGUAGCCAAAAUAACUUUUAAAUUAAGAAAAAAUAUUUAAUGAAACUAUAUUUCUAAGAGUUUUAUAAAAUGCAAGUGAUACCAUGGUUGCAAUAUUAGAUUAAGUUCGACGGCUUUGCUAACUUAUGUCCGAGAUUAUACGUUUCUGUAACGUUUUGUGUAACUUGUAUAAACGAUUUAUGUUUUUUGUUAAUAAAAAUGCUGUUGCUUUAA